GUAGCAGCGCAGCGUCGGUCCAGGUCCCAGCAAGCUCCAUGGGUGAAAAAAAACCCGACAGAGGAGACGAAUAACGGUACACUCCAAUAUUUAUGGAGCCGAUCCCCGCGUGCAACCCGUGCAUCUGCGUGUCCUCUUGUACGUGAAUAGAUGUGUUCGGAAACGGACGCGGUGGACGGCAUUUUGGGGCUGACGAAAACAAGCGGGCCACCAUUGUCUGCGUAGAAAUAAGAAUGGCCUGGAUGUGCAAGAGGAAGUCGUUGAUCGCCACCAGUCUGAUUGUGGUGGUGUCGCUCUUCGUGGUGGUGGUGAACUACUCGGAGAAGCCCUACUUUCUCCUGCAGCCAGUGUUCGGGCAGACGUUCAGCAGCCACUGGAUUUUUUCCAAGCAGCCGUACAAGGCCUUCAAGCCUCACCUGGGCUAUGUUAGCAUCCCCAAACAGGAGCCUCUGAAGCUGCACUGUGAGCUCUGCAGCAUCGUGUCCAGCUCUGGACAGAUGUUGGACCAGGCUGCCGGCCCGCAGAUCGACCGCUCUCCCUGCAUCUGGCGGAUGAACAACGCGCCCACGCGGGGCUUCGAACGUGACGUGGGCCAGCGCACCACGCUGAGAGUCGUCUCGCACACCAGCGUCCCCCUGCUGCUGCAGAAGCCCCAGUACUUCUUCGGGCAGGGCAACGACACGGUCUACGUCGUGUGGGGGCCGCUACGAAACAUGAGGAAGGACGGGAAGGGCAUCGUGUAUAACAUGCUCAGGCAGGCGGCUGAGAAUUACCCUCAAGCGCGCAUUUACGUCACCACAGAGGACAGGAUGAACUACUGCGACAUGGUCUUCAAGAAGGAGACGGGUAAAGACAGGAUCCAGUCCGGCUCCUACCUCAGCACCGGCUGGUUUACGCUUAUCCUCGCCAUGGACAUGUGCAAAGAGAUCCAUAUCUACGGAAUGAUAAAUGACACCUACUGCAAGACGGAGGGUUACAGAAAGGUUCCCUAUCACUACUACGAGGCGGGCAGCCGGGACGAGUGUGCAGAGUAUCUGCUCCAUGAGAGCGCCCCCUACGGCGGGCACCGCUUCAUCACAGAGAAGUCUGUGUUCGCCAAGUGGGCCAAAACUCACGCCAUCAAGUUCUUCAACCCGCCUUGGCAGCUGUCGUGACCCUGGCUGAACCGAUAUGGAAAUACUAAACCGACAACGUCAUCGUCAUCAUCAUCGUCGUCAUCGUCAUCAUCGUCGUCGUCACCUGGGGACCAGCUGGAUCUCGACAUUGACAAAAAGCAUGUUCCCUGAUGUGCACAAACAUCCAUUUUGGCACAAAUUCCACUUCAUAUCCAUUUAAAAAAGGUUGGUUGAUGGUUUGAUUUUGAAGGCCACGCGAUGAGAAAGACUUCCAGUUAACAUUUGACCAACCAAGACAGCAAAAACAUAUCUCCUGUUUUUUGGAUGUCUUUUUUGUUCUCGUGAAUUUGGGAGCAGAGAGUUGCUGCUCUUCACUGGCUAAUCGAUCCAUUCGCUGCUCUGUGAGUUUAGCAAAGGAUGGCUCGAAGACGAACAUUAAGAAAAAGGGAGAAAAAAAACGGAAGAAGUAACAACCCAUCUGUCAACUCUCAGUGACCUCAGUGGCUCGCAUGUCUGCAGGCGCUGCACAUUGCAAAGACCGAAUUUAAAUGUUUUUUUUAGGACUGAAGCUGAAGAAGAGCUCGGCUGCUGCAGAGACGAGUCACGUUGCCAUGGACGCCUGACAAGCUCGCCUCCUCUGUUUCCUGUGCGUGUCCGUCUUCUUCUGUCAGGCUGUAAUUAAUCCGUAGCGAGUAUCUUAUUCAGGCCUUUAACUCUGACUGAUGGAUUACCGGGGGCAGGUUUCAAUUUCCUCUGCUCCGUCUAAAAAAGCCUCAACAAAUAUUUCAAAAAUCAAACAAACAUCAGCUCUCAGUCAAACUCGAAGGUCAGCUAGAGUUGUGGAUGUAAAUCAGCUUUUUCUUUUUAUCAUUGCGCUUUGUUGUCAUGUUGUGUGUAAACUUUACACAACUCAAAGAUGUCAGCUUUCUCUUUCUUACAUAAUGCUGUAAAAUUGAAUUUGACGAGACGUGUUUUGGCUCGAUUUCCAGAUAAGUUGCUAAUUUAUUCUGCGGAGAAAAGUUUAACAGUGUGCCAUCGACAAUGUGGGCAUCACAGCACAUGGAGCAGUGUGCAAUUACAAACUCCGCACUCACGGGAGGAGUAAGUGACCCCCGCAGAGGGAGAGAUUUAUGUGUGCAGUGAAACCAUUUGAAGUUAAUUGUAUUCUAUUAUCAUUUUGUGCCUGCAAUAUACUCUGCAGUUCAUUGUAGAGGGACAGAGGUAGAUGCUCUCUCUCUCUCUCGCUCGCUCAUAUCCUCAUCCAGCUUUGUGCCUCUUUGUGUACAGUAUCACUGUGUGAGCACACAUCUUGCCAUUUGUCUUUGAACGGGGGCGUGCGUGUCUCCCAGUUCAGGUCAUUACAUUGGAAUGCAUCUGUUCCAGGACAGUGAAGAAUAAUCAGUGAAGUGCUGAGGUGUGUAGGUUUGGCGAGGACCGGUGGAGGGCUGAGACACUCUGUGACCGUGACCCCCCCUCCCCCCCCUCGGGGCUGUGAUUAGUGUCCCGGUCAGAGCUGCUGCCCAGAGGGGAGGACUGGAAGGAUUCAAAGACUUCUAAUUUAGGCGAAUUGAUGCACAGGGUCCCUGACGACUGUAAUAUACUGCAGCUGAGCUUCACCGUCUCACUCCUGCUGCAGAGCACUGUUUACUAUCACACAUAGGCACUCUAUUUUGGGCUUUGGGAUUUGGUGAUUUACAGGUCAAAAGACAUGUAGGUUGAAACUGGCAGGUUUUUGGAUGUCUUGGCAGGGAUGUAGCUGCCAUAGAUGCAGUGUGGUGAGGAUUUUAUAACCCAAUUGCAGUAUUUUUAGUUUGGAUUUGACUUCUUUUAGGCCAAUCAUUUUCAGCAUUUCGUUCCCCAAAAUGGUAGCUUGGAGACGGACUUGCAAUAGGAUUUAGAUGUUCAUGCUGGAAAGGAAAACUUACAGAAAGUAUAACUGAAAAGUUAAUUGAAAGGAUAAUGUAUGCAAAUUUAAAAAUGAAGAGGACCCUCUGGGGUUUUUGGCCAGAAUCAGGAGGGUGGAUGGGAGACUCAUGAUCUUCCUAUUUCUAAAAUUCUGGCUACAGCUCUGUGUUUAUGUGUCAUAUAACUAUUUUUCAACAACAUUCAAAUGACUAUAAUUCAAUACAAACCAGGUUCAACUACACAUAUACAAAUAUAUCUGUAUAUAAAAUGAAUAUAUGAUGUGCUGUAUCUAUAAAAAUUAGCCCAUUUUCACUGCACAAACGUGUAUGUAACUUUGUUUUCCAGACAGAGUUAGGUACCCGAGAACUUACAGAGAAUGACCCACAACUCCAGACGCAUUGUAAGUCCGUCUAGCUGACAGGAGCGUCAAUGUAAAACCGCCCUAUUUUAAAUUCCACCUGGUGGAGCUCAGCGUAUGAACGGAACACAGUUGGGGUCACGGUUCAGAUAUCGACACGUGUUCGAGAAGUACGCAGUGUCCCAGCACGAUCCACCUCACGAUGUAUGUAGAAGCAGAAACGUUAUUUCUCCUAUUCUGGAAGCCUGAAGAUAAGAUCUGGGCCUCGGGAGAAGUCAGAAAUUACACUUCUUUCUGCUCCUGUGGGAAAACAGCCCUUGAUAUUGAAUUCAUACCGCCAUGCAUGCUACAUGAUAACCGUACAUCUUUUAUACAUUACCACUCGGCCUGUGAUUGUGCAGUCACGUGGCAGCUCUCCACCUGCUGUACAGUAUAUCCACCAUGAAUUGUAAACUGGUUGACACCGAGGUAAGAUUUGAUGUCCUGUUUAGUUGUCCCAUGAUUUGUAUGUGUGUUAUGGUGUAUUGUUUGAUUUCAAUUGUUUACUCCUCUCGUUGCUCUUUUUUUUUUUCAACGGUUGCUUACAUUUUUUUGCUGAUGCAGUGGUUUGUGUGCAGCAUUUUUUUUUCUGCUGCGAGUCGCAUGUUGCCAACAUUUUCUGCUUCUUCAGGCUUUGCUCUCGGCUAUUUCCUGAUCAGCAAACACUCCAAUGUUCUCAGCCGGAACACAAUGAAAGAAUACCAACAGAUGUAUUAUGCAGGGACAUAAUGGAGGAGACGCCCUUAUAUAGGCUCCCAUGAAUCAUCUGUGGCUCACUGGAAGGGAACUGGAGACACAGUCGCUAUGAAUAAGUAACACUAUGAAUGAAAGUGUGAGCAGAAUGGGAGGCCAAAUAUACUUUUAUCUUUCAGGGAUGCAUUUAUUCAAGAAGAUUUGUUUUUUACUUUAAAGGAAUACUUUGACAUUUCGGAGUUAGAUGAUAAGUUUGAUGAUACAGCUCUCAAGGCUGUACAGUAAAUAUGAAGCUACGGCCUGCAGCUGGCUAGCUUAGCUUAGUACAAAGACUGGAAACAGGGAGAACAGCUACCCUGGCUGAUUUCUUGGUGACCACAGAGAAAACUACAGCUCCCAUUAAAAUGCAACAGCAUUUUGUUUUCUUUAGCUGUUAUCUGGCACCCAGUCCUCUCUGUCCGACUGUUAACACAGACAUGUCUGAACGAACCACGACUUCUCCACCCGCUCGCCUCUUUUGUCGAGUCGUGAAGUUUGUCUGUCGUAGGGCUGUUGUACAUGUAGGGCUUAUGGUAAAUUGUAAUAGAUAACUUUUACUACCACCAGACAUAUGAACAAAGCCACACCAUCUACUGUGGAGAAAGGCUCUGUUCCACGGCUGGAUUCUGAGUUCUUACAAUUGUUACAAAUGUCGAUGGAACUUCUGGAACAGAACUGCAAGUUCUGGUUAUUUCGCUCAAUUAUUUCCCAUUAAAAUGGUGAGUUGUACUUUUUACUUUUAGGUUUUGUCCGGGUUAAACAAACCAGAUAUAACGCCACGUGUACAUUAGUGAGCCAGGCUAGCCGUUACCUCGUUUCCAGCCUUUGUCUGUCUAACUCUCCGCAAAAGUACAAAUGAAUUUCCCAAAAAUGUUAUUGCUUAAAUACUUAAAUACCUAAAGAACUACCCUGAAUUCGUGUUCAUUUCCGAUUCUGUCCCCUUUGUUUUGUUUGCCCUGCUUGAACUGAUUUUGCAUCACCUCCAGCGUUCAUGCUAUGAGCAGUGAAGCUUGUUUGAAAACUGAUUAAUUCAUCCUCUCAUACCUGAAGCAGACUGCUUUCUUUGUGCCUCGCUGUAUAUAUGCAAAUGGUGUAAAAAAAAAAAAUACAAAAAAAAAACUGCUUGUCUUCAGCUACUCUGCAGCAUAAGUGGCAGUGGAAUGAGCUCCGAUUGUUCGCUUGUAUAAUGAGAAGUUAAAAAAAAUUUAAUUGAAGGUCCUUUCCCUUAAAAGAGAGCUGGCUUAAAAAAAAAAAACCUGAUUAAAACGUCUCCGUCUGAAGGUCUGCGGAACAAAGAUGUGAAUUUCAUUAUUCCUCGCCGUUUAAAAUGCUCUCAUUAUUUUUGGAUAAUUGCUGUCUGUUUUGGAGUUGAGAGUUUGGACUGUCUCACCUCUUCAGUACCAUUUUCCCUACUGACUGUUGUACUUGUUGAUAUUUCCCCCAAAUGCCUCAAGUGCUUUCUUACAAUGAAAAUUAAAUUUGUUUUGUCUUUCCCCGUGUGCACGUCUUAACAAUUAUUUUUUUGUGUUCCUUUUUUAUUUACAGGUCAAGUGUCCUUGUGAAACGUGUAACUUCGGAUGUGUGCUGAGUUACAUAGAAUGUAAUAUAACAUGGAGGUUGUUAUUAUGAAGGUCGUUUUUGCUAACGCACUCCUUUUUACCGGUGGUAAAAUAACAUCCAAAUGCUGCAUGGAGUAUUGCAGGUUGUUGAAAUGUACAUUUUGCUGAAGAAAAAAAAAAAAGUAGUCAUUUUAUGUAUUAUUCUGUCAUUUGCUGUCUGCAUAUUAGCUAAAAUAAGAUAUAUUGUGAAUGUUCUCAUUUUUACCAAUGUGUCCUCUGUCUCUUUUAUUCUCUGUGGGGAUUAAAGAAAACCUAAAAAAAAAA